AUGAAUUCCAUUAAAGUCUAUUAUACCAGCGUGUCAGGCUCUAGGGAGGUAAAGCAGAGACAAGAAGAAGUUAUCAGAAUUUUAGAUGCUUACAAAGUACAGUAUGAAUUAAUAGAUAUUUCUAUCAGUUUGAAAGUACUUCAAGAAAUGAGGAUGAAGGUUUCCACACCCAAGGCUCUACCACCUCAAAUAUUCAAUGGCCAAGACUAUUGUGGAGAUUUUGAAAUGUUCCACAAGGCAAAGGAAAACAAAGAGAUUCUGAAAUUCCUGAAGAUGGAAUGAACGGGCAGUUAUGCUGAUAUGUUU